AUGGGGCCACACACGGCACGACUGUACUGCAAAUGUACCGCCCACUGUUCACCUCAAACACUUGUGCCUUCUUCCCCCCGCCCCACCAAUCCCACCCUGUAUUGUGGUGGUGGUGGUGGUGGUGGUGGUGGUGGUGGUGGUGGUGGUGGUGGUGGUGGUGGUGGUGGUGGUGGUGGUGGUGGUGGUGGUGGUGGUGGUGGUGGUGGUGGUGGUGGUGGUGGUGGUGGUGGUGGUGGUGGUGGUGGUGGUGGUGGUGGUGGUGGUGGUGGUGGUGGUGGUGGUGGUGGUGGUGGUGGUGGUGGUGGUGGUGGUGGUGGUGGUGGUGGUGGUGGUGGUGGUGGUGGUGGUGGUGGUGGUGGUGGUGGUGGUGGUGGUGGUGGUGGUGGUGGUGGUGGUGGUGGUGGUGGUUGUUAUUCCUUCCCAUUGCUCUGCCCCUCUCCCCAAACCGCUGUCCCUAAUGUCUCCCGUGGCAGCCCCCCAUGUCCCCCCUCCCUUAACCCCCCCCCACGCCUCUCCCCCCAUUCUUCCCCAUGCCUCUCCUGCCAUGCCUGCCAUGCUCGCCAUGCCUGA